AUGGACGAUGUCAUCACAGGUUGCAGUAACUUGGAGGAGGCCAGGAAACUACAAAAUCAGCUGGACGAAAUGACGAGUAGUGGAGGUUUUCGGCUCAGAAAAUGGGCAUCCAACUGUGCAGAGGUCCUGCACGGUGUUUCCGAUGACAAUUUGGCGAUUCGUCCGGCGGAUGGGAUCAAUCUCGAUCCUGAUCCGUCUGUCAAGGCUCUAGGUCUGACCUGGCUACCCGGAAGUGAUGUUUUUCGAUUCCAAUUCCAUGUUCCACCUGUCGAUCCCGAUGAAGUUCUUACGAAACGCAAGGUUUUGUCGAUCAUCGCUACGUUGUUCGACCCGCUGGGAUUCAUCGGCGCAACAACGACAGCUGCAAAGGUAUUUAUGCAGCUCUUAUGGACUUUGGAGGAUGAAGGGGGUAAGAAGUUGGACUGGGAUCAACCGUUACCUUCGACGGUGGGUGAGUCCUGGAGAAAACUGCACGUCCAGUUACCGAUUCUCAACGAAAUUCGUAUAGAUCGUUGCGUAAUCCUUCCAAAUGCAGUAGAGGUGGAGCUACACUGUUUUUCGGAUGCGUCGAUGAAGGCAUAUGGGGCAUGUCUCUACGUCCGCAGUCUAGACAAGGCUGGCAAUGUGAGAGUUCAACUACUGUCAUCGAAAUCGAAGGUCGCUCCGCUGAAAACCCAAUCCAUACCGAGGCUGGAGCUCAGCGGUGCAUUACUAUCGGCCCAACUCUACGAUAAGGUUCGUCAGGCUACCAAUCUUCAAGUUCGCACGACGUUCUGGGUGGAUUCUACGUGUGCUCUACGGUGGAUCCAGGCUACUCCAUCGACAUGGUCAGUAUUCGUCGCUAACCGAGUUGCGAAGGUCCAAGCGAUCACGGAAGGCUGCGAGUGGAGACAUGUGGCAGGUACGGACAACCCGGCCGACUUGAUUUCGAGAGGAGUAGGACCGAAGGAGAUCAUUAACAAUGAUUUCUGGUGGCGCGGGCCUAGUUGGUUAACCGAAGCACGGAGCAACUGGCCAAUUUCAGAACCAGCUCCGUUAGAAGUUGGCGAAGAGGAAAGAAGGCGUACUGCAGUUGUCGUGACAACAUCAGCAAUAGCAGAAUUCAACGACAGGUUAAUCUCCACAACAAAAUCCUACACAACGUUGAUUCGUCGUGUUGCCAUCUGGCAGCGUUUGAUACGAUCACUCCAGGUGCCAGAAGAUCGUCCGAAAGGGUUCCUCAAGGCGGAAGAAUUACGGAUGGCAGAACUUACGCUGAUACGGAAGGUGCAGGAAGAAGUAUUCCCGGAUGAACUUCGAGCUAUCCGGAAGAAGGAACCAGUCAGCAGAACGUCACCGCUGCGCUGGUAUCACCCUUACAUUUGCCAAAAUGGCAUUCUUAGAGUCGGCGGGCGUUUACGUCAUUCGGACGAGACAGAAGACACCAAGCACCCUAUGAUUCUCCCAGCAAGACACCCCUUAACCAGGAUGGUUUUUGAGCAACAUCAUCUGCGUUUACUCCACGCUGGUCCGCAACUUUUGUUGGCAACGGUUCGGCAGCGCUACUGGCCUUUAGGAGGAAGGAAUGUUGCCCGGCAGGUUGUUCACCAAUGCCUCACAUGCUUCAGGUCGAAACCAAGGCAAGUACGCCAAUUUAUGGGAGAGUUACCGACUUCAAGGGUUUUGGUUUCUCGACCGUUCUCCAAAACCGGAGUGGACUACUUUGGUCCGGUCUAUCUACGACCAGCACCACGUAAGGCUGCCGUAAAAGCAUAUGUAGCCCUGUUCGUGUGCAUGUGUACUAAGGCAGUGCACAUGGAGCUGGUUUCCGACUUGUCCACGGAGAGAUUUCUGCAAGCACUCCGGCGAUUCAUUGCGCGCAGAGGAAGGUGUACCGAAUUGUAUUCCGAUAAUGGGACAAAUUUUGUCGGAGCCCGAAACCAGCUUCAGGAACUGUUGGUACUAUGGAAGGACGCUGAACACCGUCAGGAUGUUGCGAGGUUUUGUGCCAACGAGGGGAUUAACUGGCAUUUUAACCCUCCCGGCUCUCCACAUUUCGGAGGAUUAUGGGAAGCUGCGGUACGAUCGGCAAAGCAUCACAUUCUACGGGUUAUUGGAUCCAAUCCUGUUCCACAUGAGGACAUGGCCACUCUGCUAGUACAAGUGGAGGGCUGUUUGAAUUCCAGACCACUGACACCGAUGUCAGAUGAUGCAGAUGACCUUGAACCUUUGACUCCAGCGCAUUUUUUGAUUGGCUGUUCCUUGCAGUCGUUUCCGGAGCCGGACCUACGGCAGAUACCCACAAAUCGAUUGAAGUGCUAUCAGUUAGUUCAGCAACAACUACAACAUUUCUGGCAAAGGUGGAAACGGGAAUAUCUCUGCCAAUUGCAGGCCAGAUCCAAGCGCUGGAAACCGCCUGUUCAAUUUGAAUUAGGACAGUUGGUGGUUAUCCAGGAUAAGAAUCAGCCUCCGAUGCGUUGGCGUAUGGGUCGCAUUGUGAAUGUACAUCCCGGCGCUGAUGGUGUCGUAAGAGUUGUAACUCUGAAAACUGCAGCUGGAGAACUGAAACGAGCUGUCGAGAAUCUAUGCCUGCUACCAAUUCCAAAUUCAGAUGUAUGCGACAAUUGA